AGCUAGACGACGGUUUUGAUUCACGGCAAAGGCAGGCCGAGAUUCGUUGCAUUUAUCAGCCGCCAGAGGGUUCUGACAAAUUGCAGAACCUUUGUAUUCACAUUAAAUCCGCAGAAAUUUCCCUUCCUCGAGAGCUCCGUGCUGAAUGAUGUGUGUGUGUGGACAGUGACGGUGGGGAGGAGGGAGCCCGGUGACGCUUUCUGUAGAUAAACCGCGGCGGUGAGCAAAUUGAACCUGCUCCUUUCACUGCUUCUCUCAUUUCUAAUGUACAGGGAAUUAUUGUAUGUGGACGAGCAUCAAUGAUGUCAGGAAAGCAUUACAAUGGACAAGAAGUCAGCUGCUGCAUUAAAUAUUUUAUAUUUGGAUUUAACAUAAUAUUUUGGUUAGUGGGGAUGUUUUUCCUGGGAAUUGGACUAUGGGCCUGGAGUGAAAAGGGUGUGCUCUCAAAUAUAUCCUCCAUCACUGACCUGGGCGGAUUUGACCCAGUCUGGCUGUUUCUGGUGGUGGGUGGUGUGAUGUUUAUCCUGGGCUUUGCUGGUUGCAUCGGAGCUCUGAGAGAGAACACCCUCCUCCUCAAAUUUUUUUCUGUGUUCCUGGGGAUUAUAUUCUUCCUGGAGCUGACAGCUGGGGUCCUUGCCUUUGUCUUUAAGGACUGGAUCAAAGACCAGCUCAACAACUUCAUUAAUAACAACAUCAAAGCCUAUAGAGAUGAUAUUGACCUGCAGAAUCUUAUCGACUUUACUCAGGAAUAUUGGGAGUGUUGUGGGGCAUUUAAACCUAGUGACUGGGAUCUCAACAUCUACUUCAACUGCACAGACACCAACCCCAGUCGAGAGAAGUGCGGCGUUCCUUUCUCCUGUUGCACCAAGGACCCAGCGGAGGAUGUCAUCAACACACAAUGCGGAUAUGAUGUCCGAGCAAAAUCGGAAGAUGAGCAAAAGACCUAUAUAAAUGUGAAGGGCUGUGUUCCUCAGUUCGAGAAGUGGUUACAGGACAACCUGACAAUAGUAGCAGGCAUCUUUAUAGGAAUUGCAUUGCUACAGAUUUUCGGGAUAUGCCUGGCCCAAAAUCUAGUGAGUGAUAUUGAAGCUGUGCGGGCGAGCUGUUUGUUCACCUGAUGAAGACAUUCACAGGAUUUGAGUGAUGCCGUCAGCAGCAGAACUCUGCAUGCCAAGUUCAUCAGGCCGUGCGUGUGUACAGAUUUGACUAUAAUGCACU